CUUUUGCAACCCUACUUCUGUUUUGCUUCGCUGUUUUCUUCCUUUCGCGUUUUUCCUGAUUUUUGGCCACAACAAUGUGCUAGGACUCCUUGGUUUGCACUUGUCUAAACCCAAUCACAAAAGAUGAGCAGCCGGAGUCACUACGGACCUCCUCGGGACUCCGACUCGGACAGCAGCUACGAUGGCUUCUACUUCUCGGGCGAUAUGAAACGUUCAAAACCCGCACCCUAUGUGGAUCCCGAGCAGAAGCUCUACAAUGCCGUGCUCGACGGAGAUCUCCAGACGAUGCGGGAGGAGAUGCACAAGCUCGUCUUCCAGGUGGACCAGACCGUGAAGGGAGGCCCGAACUUACUGAUGCUCGCCUGUCGCGAAGGACACUACAAAAUCGUUGAGUGGCUGGUGGAGAAGGCAAAGGCAAACGUAAACCGGCAGCUGGACUCUGUGAUGCCAUUGAUGAUGGCUUGCAGUAGUAAGGAUCCGUAUGUCGCGGAGAAAAUGGUGCGCCUACUCCUGCGCCACGGUGCCGUGGUCAAUGUGUCCGACAAAUACGGAAUGACACCUUUUAUGUUCGCCUGCCAGAACGGCUUCACCGGCGUGGUGCGCCUUCUGAUCAAGGACGUCAGCUUCGAUGCUGUGGACAAUCAGGGCUGCACGUCCAUCUUUUAUGCCAUCGAAAGAAACCACGUGGAGAUUGUCAAGCUGCUCGUGGAAGCAGGCGUCAAUGCCACAAUAGCUAACAAUAAGGGAUACACGCCUACCCAGGUGGCCGAGUGCCAUGGCUACUACGACCUGCUGGAGAUCCUGCCGCGUCCAGCCUCCACCUACCUGGUGCCCACCCACUUCCUGGGCUACAACACGCUUAGGGAUCACAUUCCUCGCAUCUUUCUGAAAAGUGACUGCCCGGAGUAUUUUCAGGAGCUGAACGGCAUACUGCAGUCCAUCAAUGUGGGAAAUAUGGUUCAGCACUUUGCCAUCGCACGGACCUCGCUGGCUGAGUUCCUGGUCAUGGAUGAGGAGUCUCUCCAGAAGGUGGGCAUCGAGUAUCCCAUAUACCGUCACAAAAUAUUGAAGGGCAUUCUUGACUUCCAUCUUCAUCACUGGUGCAACUCGUCGAUAGCUCGAGUCAAGGAAAAGGACAUGGACAACUUCUACGAAAUUCUGAUGAUCGCUGCCAAUCAUCUGCAGCAUUUGGUCAUUAUUCAGGCGUCACUGCGAUUUGUAUUGAAGAACCAAGAAGAAAACCAAAUGGGGCAACCUAACGAGACGCAGCUGGCCACUAUAAAGAGCAAUAUUCAGGGAUAUCGCGAUGUCCUCAACCAAGUAACAAAAACAGUAAAAUAUCUUGGGUCAUUCAGUCCCCCACAGAAUCCUCUUUUCAUUGACUUCAACGAAAUCCUGGCCGAGCGGAAGCGCAAGAAGGUGCGCAACUACUUCAAGUACACAACUAUUAUCCUCGGAAUCUCAGUUUUCAUCUGCCUCAAGUGCAAGUGGUUUUCAUAGUAAUCGUACCAGAAUCAUUACAAAUAACGUUGCUUUCCUUAGUUUAGGAGGUUUAUUUGUUUUCGAAAUCAAAAUAGAUUUAGUUGAAAAAGUAGGUUUAACUCAAAUUUUUAUUGAAACUUGUAUCUUCAGAGUAAAAUAUUUACUGUUUAGAAAAGUGUAACCUCGAAAUACACAUAUACGUUUAACAUAUGUUACAAACAAUAUGAGACAAUAGGAGUUCAAAAGCAAAGAAAUGAAAUGUAUCAAAUGUUACCUGAAACUCAAAAAAUUACCUGAACAUGAAGAUGAAAGGUAUAUAUAGAGUGUGAACUGAAGUUGAAGAAACCCACAAUAACUUAAUUUUCUUCUUAUAUAAUGUAAGGCGAAUAGAAGUAGAAUUAUGUAUAAACUUGUAUUAUUUUUAUUACCCGGUAAUAAAGAAGUUGUUAUUAA